UGACUCCAAGGUAUAUUAAAUAUUAAACAAACUAACUUUCGCGUUGCUCUGACACUCAGGGUACUAGGUACAUGUGUUCUACAAGAGUGCUUAGCACAAGUAAAACACCCGAGUAAUCCUAACCAUCACAGCAGACAGUGUACAGAUACCGUAUAGAUGUGGAAGACUGAGACGUAAAAGUCUCACUACACUGGAAAAUUACAGCGAGAUACGAGCGGACACCUUCCAGGUUACGGCUGACGUUAAGCUUUUCCAUUCUCACAUCAAGUCAUCAUAAACAGAGGUCCAGGAUGCCUGUACAUUUACACCAGCCUGGGAGAUGGAUUAAAUGUAUCCUGUACUCUAUCACCAGCCGGUCCUGUACGACCUCCGCUACCACCAAAAUCAAAGACCCGCCCACACCCCACGGGGCGGCUACACACGUACCUCAGGCACGGCCGCUGGAAGAAAUGCCCGGACCGAAGGGCCUGCCUGUGCUGGGAAACAUUCUGGACUAUACCAAGUUUGGGAACAAAAACAUAUCAAAAUUACACCUACAGCUCGCUAAGGACUUUGAGAAAUAUGGAAAGAUUUUCAAGGAAAGACUCGGACCCAGCACAUACAUGGUUUAUGUGUCCGAUCCCGAAGAUAUUGCUACUGUGUUUAGAAAAGAGGGGCGUUACCCAAGCCGCGGGACAGCGGUACCCUUGCUGGAUGCCUAUUACAAGCGCACAGGAAAACCUAUUACUUUAGGAAUGGGAGAUGGCAAACAGUGGCAUGACCGACGUACGACGACCCAGAAGAAAAUGCUCCGCCCCCAAGCCGUGCAGCUCUACCUAAGUAUGCAGUCCCAAGUCACAGAUGACUUUAUGGCUUACCUGCAGAAGAUGGCCGAGGAAAAGACAGAGCUCGAUAUUCAGGCGGAACUGGUACAGUACGUCAUGGAAUCCAUUGGAACUGUAUGUUUUAAUAUGCGACUCAACGUGCUCGGAGCUCAGUUGCAACACAAUGCCAAGGAGCGGAUGUUUAUUCAGAAAAACGAAGAAUUGUUUGCCCUCCUCGGUGUUGACCUGUUNUAA